AUGUUCUCGGAAUAUGCAUCUCGAUUUCUUGCUCAGUCACAAUCCCGGAUAGCACCUCGCCCGGACGAGCUCCAGAGAACCGGUCGUGCCCAUCCGAACCAACGCCACAGCAGCUCACGGAACCCUUCCUCCCGCUCCUUUUUAAAAGCCGGCGACCCUUAUCGACCAGGGGCCUCUCAGAUAUCAAACUUGCCGUUUGCUUCUCGGGCCUCUACUCAACCGGCCCCCUUGUUCUACAGUGCCACCGAUGAAUUCCGGGAAGAGGAUGACGAAACUGAGCGGGAGCGCGAAAUCGCUGACUUUUAUGCGCUACAACGGUCAAGGCGGCAUUUCGGUGAUAGCAACUUGAAGGAAUCUUCGGAAAUUGAUGACGACUCGGAACAUUCUACGGGCCUGGAUGAAGGAUACACCUACGAUAACCGGCCUGGCAAUGGCAAAGGUAUCAAGAGUUCAUGGCGCGGCGAGAACGGAGUCCCCGCAACUCAUCAUUCUCGCAUUGAGACUGUGACCGAAGCGGUGGAAUACGACACAGGUUCUGAAUCGGGCACUAUUAGUCACAAAGCCAGAGGAAAUUUAGUUGAUAUCGGGCUUGAAGACUCACUUCGACAUAACGACAAUGGGGACCACCGGCCUCUGCCGGACUCUGCUGCCAAUGACCCCCCUAUUCAGCGUUUUCGAGAGCAACCGUCAUUGGCAGAGAGCCCUCUCGACUUUACGGCUCAUGCCCCUCCUUCAGAACGUAUCAAUUCCUACUAUCCGGAUGACCCCCGGCCGUCAAGCUCAAGCGGUGGGUCUUCUCCCGCAUCAAUGUCACCUCUUGCCUCGGAGGCUUCGUUGCAUGAUGCUUUUUGGGGCCAAUUGUUCCUGAUUGCGUCGGCCGGUUUGUUCGCGACGGCGUUUUUGGUCUACCUGCACACGUCUUCUCCAUCUGGGGACCUGUCUAAAUGGGGCGAUACAAUCUACUUGACCGUCCACAGAUCAUUUUUUCUCCUUGGGAUCUACACUCUCGUGUCGGUCCUCAUAUCUCUCCUCUGGCUGGCUUUCCUUCGAUCUUACGUACGACUUUUGGUCUACGUAAUCAUUGUGGCGGUGCCAGUCAUUCUAUUCUCAUUCUCCCUCUACCCUUUCAUUUCGAGCUUCAAAGGCACCUGGCACGGAUCAAGCACUCAGGAUAGAGCAAUGCGCUGGGGCUCUAUCGUCCCCUUUGUGAUGGCUGGCUUGUGGAUCUACAACGUUUCCCGAGGUCGCCGCUCGAUCGGAAAGGCAAUAGGUGUUCUCGAAUUUUCAUGUCGAAUCCUGGCCGCAAAUCCUGAACUUCUUGGCUUAGGUCUGGGGGUCCUUGUUUGCGUCGUCUGCUGGACAUGGGUCUGGAUGCUCAUGUUUACACGCGUGUUCCUGGGAGGUCAUUUGGCUAGCCCACGGUCUUUUAUCAUCAACUUGAGCAGUUGGUGGCUAGGUGUCUACUUCGUCAUAUUUUACUUGUGGUCGGUUGGAGUGAUUGCCGGAAUUCAGCGCGCCGUCACGGCGGCAACAGUGAGCCAAUGGUACUUCCAUCGUCUAGCAAGCCCAGCCCCUACUUCCAAGCAGAUCGUGCAAGCGGCUGUGGUGCAUGCAACCACAACUCUGUUCGGAACCAUCUGUUUGUCCCGGCUGCUUGGACUGCUGAUCCGGCUCCCUCUGCUCUUGCUUCCUACCCGUCUCUUCUCGCUGCUGAGCCUCUUUGCCUAUUCACUCAUACCGACUCCAAUCGCUUACUUGACCAAUCCCCUCUCCCUUACGUACGCCGCCAUUCACUCCCAACCUUUGGCUGCCUCUGCACGUGGGCUUAGUCAAAUGGCACUUCUUGCUCCAUCGGCUGCCUCUACGUCUCUACAUCCUCGCUCCUAUUCUCGUUCCCCGGGAAGCUCCCCUUCAUUGCUCUCCUACCGGCUUUCCAAGUUGAUUUUGCAUGCUGCUCGCUUUAUCAUGUCAUUGGCACUCGGAUUCGGUGGCUGGGUCACCACAGCUCGGAGCUUGACGUCGUCUGGCGCCAGUGGUACAAUUCGAGGUAGUUUAUAUGGCUAUGUGGUUGGGCUAAUCGCAGGCACGAUCGGCUGGACUAUCCUGGGCUCUAUCGAAGGUGUUAUCGCAGACAUAGUCGAUGCUUCGGUUAUUUGUUGGGCAAGUGAAGUCGGCAUAUAUGGCCGAGAGGCUCGCUAUUGUCGUGAGGCUGGGUGGCUUUUUGGCGAUUCUAACUCCGAGAUUCGAUCUGACUAUCCAGAGGUUUAG